CGUCCACUCCCCAACUUUCCAGCAAACCACCGGUUAACCUUCCCCACUCAGACCAAGUCCAAUUUCUAGGAUAGUAUUAUUGUUGUUUACCAUCAUCCGAUAGUGGUAACCACCGUAUUUGCUGUUAUUGUUGAGACAUGAGUGGUCUAAGCAAGCUCGGGAUAGCUCUGUCCAUAGUCUUCGCGUUCUCGCUCGUGGCCCUCGUCGCCGAGCUCUUCUACGUCCUCUGGCGUCGCCGUGUCUUCCGCCGCAACAACUUUCCCGUCCACGGCGGCGACCACGGCAGCGAUUCAUUCUCAACUAAUCCCUCUAAUUCCAAGGAGCUCCUCUACUUCUUCUGCUGGAAAAGCCAGUCUCGGGUCGAACCAGAUGGAGCUCCCACCCGCGGCGGCUCAGAUGGGUAUUCGCCGGAUGAUCCGGCGGAGAUAGUUGAUAUACUGAAGCUGCAGGGGUUGUACGGGCCGUCGAGGGUUUUGUUUACUAUCAAGGAGGAAGAGAGAGAAGAUGUAGAGUCCGAGAAGUCUCUGUCUUCUACUGAGAAGGGUCACAAUAAGACUAAGAGUAUUCUGUUUGAGGAGUGUUUACGGUCCGCCGGCGGAGAAUCGCCGGAGGUGGCCGUGAGGAUUGACGACGUUGGUGAAGAGAUGACGCCGUUUUCGACACCUUGUGCUUCGCCCUUGUAUUACACUCCGGCGGCUUCUCCUUCUCGCGAGGUUGAAAGCGGCGCCGGAAAUCUGACACACUCGCCGGGGAAUUGAAAUAGAAGCUAAAAGGACGCUGUAGUUUGCUAGCUUAAAGUUUCACCAUCAUUUUACAAUGGUGGCCGGAAAUACUGUCGGCCGGUGGAACUUGGUGUACGUUAUAUAUAUUGGGAUGUGUUAAUUUUGGGUGACAUUAGUGUUGGAUUUGACGUUUAACCCCCUCCCAUUUAUCAGUGUGCCUUUUUGUGGUUGGUCAUUUACUAACGCAUAGUGUGUAACUGUGUACGAUCACAUUUAGUGUUACUGCUACAAUUAUGGCCACAUAAAGAGAUGGUUGCAGGAAAUUUUUUAGUCCGUAUAUAUUUUCAAACCGUGAA